UUAAGGUUGUAGGGGUGUGCCCGGUGGAGGGGGCGGGGCCGAGCAGUUAUGAAAACUCCCUGUCGGAGCCUGAAGUUCUAGUUGAUGAUCUGAACACGAGAUGUUGCUGCAGCCUCUGUGGACCGUGGUGCUGGAACACGCCUCGAUCCUGCGCUCCCCCGUCUUCCCCGCCCUCUUCUCCCUGAGCGCCUACCUGUGCUGCUGCGCCCCCUACCUGCUGCUGGAGCUGCUGUCCCGCCGCUGGGCGCCGCUGCGCAGGUACAAGCUGCAGCCUCAGAGCCGCGUCAGCUGGGCCUCAGUGCGGAGCUGCCUGGUCCUGACGCUCUCCAACCACGUGCUCUUCAUCCUGCCGCUCACUGUGCUGCACUGGUACCUGCGGCCCGUCCACCUGCCCGCCGAGGCCCCGCCCCUCCUGCAGCUGCUGACCCAGGUGUUCGGGUGUCUGCUGCUGUUCGACCUGCAGAGCUUCACCUGGCACCUGCUGCACCACCGGGUCCCGUGGCUCUACCGCAACUUCCACAAGGUGCACCACACCUUCACCUCCACCUCCGCCCUCACCACCGAGUUCUCCGGCGCCUGGGAGAUGCUCAGUCUGGGUCUGUUCGCCGCCGCCACCCCGGCGCUGCUCGGCUGUCACCCGCUCACCGAGCUCAGCUUCUUCCUGCUCAACAUAUGGCUGUCGGUGGAGGAUCACUGCGGCUACGACCUGCCCUGGGCCACGCACCGCCUGGUGCCGCUGGGGCUGUACGGCGGCGCACGCCACCACGACCUCCACCACCUCAAGUCCAACGUCAACUACGCCCCCUACUUCACCCACUGGGACCGGCUGGCGGGGACACUGUGGACGGGACACUGAGGAGGGGACACUGUGGACGGGACACUGAGGAGGGGACACUGUGGACGGGACACUGAGGAGGGGACACUGUGGACGGGACACUGAAGAGGGGACAAUGUGGAUGGACACUGAGGAGGGGACACUGAGGAGGGGACACUGUGGACGGGACACUGAAGAGGGGACAAUGUGGACGGGACACUGAGGAGGGGACACUGUGGAUGGGAAGACGUUGAGUAAGAUGAAGACGUUGGUGAAGAUGUUGAGGUCGCCGACCCGGUUCUGACCUGAAGUCUCUUGACACGUUUGUUUUUGGAACUGAUCAAUAAGUUUUUGAUCAGAAACGUUUUUAAAACAUCAUGAGUUUUUAAAUCGAUCGAUUGAUUCUAAGUUUCAGAAUCUUCAUCUCGACAUUGUUAUAUUUUUUAUAUUUACUAUAUUUUAUUUAUCAACAUUUAAUCUGUUUAAUGGUUAAUUUAUUAACCAGUGAAUCAAACUUGUUGUUGUUGUUGUUGCACUUUGACUAAAACAUGAAAAUUAAUGUGAAACAUUUUCUCAUUAAUGUUAAAAUGUGACUGAAGAACUGUUCAUAUUGAACCAAUCAAAUGUUUCUCCUGAGAAAUGUAUUUAAUUAUUAUGAAUAUAUUUAUCGUUUCGUAAUGAAACUGAAAAUGGGAAUUUUCAUGUGAAAAACAUGUUUUUUGUGUCAUGUAAUCUGAAAAUAAACUUUAUGAACAAAAAGUAUGAU